CUUGGAAGAUGACAUCAAAGACCACCAAAGAUAUAAUUACUGGCAAGUGGGGAUUGAAGUCUAACUCCAAAUCUGAGACUGAAUUGGAGAAGUAUAAGAGAGAGAAUGCGGCCCUGAAAAAAUCUAUGGAGGAAAUUCUUAAAGGGAAAGGCAAAAUGACAGAUGCAGAAAGAAACAGACUUUUAGAGAAAAUAUUUUCCCUUGAAACUGAUAAGGAAAAAUACAUCUGUGCUUUGGGGGAGAAGGAAAACGAAAUCCAAAGCCUAAAAGAAAAGUUUAAGUCCAGGAGUAAAAGCAGCGAUGUUGCUUCACUGCUUAGUCAACUUGAGGAGAAAACCAAGGAAGCAGAGACAAGAGAACAGUUACUUAAUUCUCUAUCUGAAGAGAUGGACCGUUUGAAACAGAAUUUGACUACAGUUAAUGCAAAAUGCUCUGAGCUUGAAAACAGAGCUAGUACAUUCCAGCUGUCCCAGGAAGCGGUAACCAACUUCCCUGGAUCACCAACCGAUUUUGGUGAACUUGAAAAACAAUUGAAAGAUGCUCUGGAGAAAAAUCACCAGUGGUUGAUAUAUGACCAGCAGCGUGAGGCAUAUGUCAGGGGACUCCUAGCACGGAUCUUUGAGCUUGAGAAACAAUCAGAAAUGGUUAGCCAGCAGCAAGCAAAAGAUGCUGGUGCAGAAGGUUACUUGCAAGAAAAACAAAAAUAUUAUGACCAACUCUUACUGACUGCUAAGAAGGAUCUUGAGACUAAAAGACAAACUGUAACCCAGCUGAAAUCUGAACGUAAUGAAUUCAAACACAAAUAUGAAGAAACAAAGCGAGAAGUAUUGAGUUUGAACUUACAGCUGUCACAGCGGAACUUUGAAAUGCAGACUGUAGAAGAGGAAAAUAAAAUAAAAGAAGAUAAAAUACACAGGCUAAAGCAAGAGAAUGAAGUUAUCAGAGAACACCUCAAUAAAGAAAAGAGGAUAAGUGAAGAUCUCUUGUCUCAGGUUCAACUUCUUCACAAAUCUCUCUUCAAACGACAAGAGGAACACACAAGGAUAGCUUCAUUAGAACAACAGAUCCAAAUGUGUAUUACUGACUUUGAGAAUGAAAAGUUUGAUCGCCAAAACUUGCAACAUCAGUUGAAUAAAGUUUUUAAGGAGCUGCUCAAGGCCAAGGAGACUUCAAAAAUCCAUGUGUUUGGAAAUGUGGAGCCAGCAGAAGAUGGUUUGCAAACAGCAUUUCAGGACAAGUUAACAAUAUAUGACAAAAAUACCUCACUAAAACGUUUGAAUCUGCUUGACGAAAGCUUCCUUGAGUGUCCCAAAUGUAAAGUACAGUAUCCAACAAGCCAACAUAGAGAGUUACUAGCUCAUAUUGAUUUCUGUGGAGAAUAAAAUACAAAUGGAAUUACCAUAUUAUAAUGUGUUUAAAUGCAGCCAAGAUUCUAUCCUGCAAAGAAAAAUAAUGGCUUUUUAAACUACUUUUCCUUUAAGAUUGUGGAAGUUAGUAUAUCUGUUUCACGUUCCAAUUUAACAAGAGUGGAAAAUUAAAGUAAUUUAUUUGAUUUUGCAUAAAUAUUUUACUUGGCAUAUUUGUAAAAAGGAUCUAGCACCACAAAUGCAGUAAAAUGAAAUUGUUUUAGAAAUCUUCAAAUUUUAAACUACUGACUUGGUUUUUGCACUAUUAAAAUAAUAUAUUGGUGCCAGCUGACAUAAGAACUGACUCUGGCAAACUAUUCCUCUGUUUGCCUUUUCCAACUACCCUGCUUCACAAAAAAUGUAACAAAAUGAAGAAGUGAUAUAUCUGAAAACUAGCUUGUAUGUAGGACUACCAUAACUGAGAUUAUAAUUAUUACCUUUUUGACUGCUAUAAUUCAGUAUCAUUUGUGGUCCCCCUGCAAACCAGAUAGAUGCAUUCAUCAGCUUGAUACCUUUAAACAUCUCUGUGUGGGGGUAAGACAUUUUCGCUGCUUGUGUGUAUUGUUUCCUAUGUGUGCCUUUGCCAUCGUUCACUGCUUCUACCAGUCAGGCACAACUUAAAGCUGAUAUGGAAAUAGUAAUCAGUGAGCAUGUCUACAUGUACGCUUUGAUGCACAGUAGCCUAUUCUACUUUGUAUUAAAGCAGCAUGUAAAAAAGUGCUGAUAUGUUAAUAUGCAGUAGAAUAGGCAUUAAGCGUCACCUAAAAAGCAUGCACUUGCGCUACUGUGCAUUAGUGCAGCCUAAUGCACAUUUAUUUAGUACUUCAUAUUGGAGGUACUAUAUUUAAUGUGCAUUAGUAAAAGCACAUUCAUGCACAUGUAGACACACCCAGUCUCUAAAGUCUUCUCAAACAA